UUUCCCAACCGUUUUACGCGCCCUUUGCGAAACGCCCAAUGAGCGCUACGGAAGCCGCGAGGUCCCGGUCUCCUCGGUUUGGUGUCUACGACGUUCCGCUUCCUCUCCAAGUUCCUCCCCGGGCCAAACAAGGAGCCAGUCCGAGAGAACUCGGGGAGAAAGACGGGGCAAAUAAGUGUACCUGUGUGUAGAUGUGUGACAGCGGAGUGUGCGAGGACAAGCCCCCCGCCCCCCCUGUCAGGAUGAGCAGCCAAGGAGGAGGAGCCAAGGACCCGCAGUCGGCCAAUCACAGCUCUCGGCCGCUGCCGUCUGUGCCCGAGGAGAGGAAGUCCAGGAACAAGAUCAUCUCCAUGUUUGCCUCUGAGAAAGGAGGCAGGAAGAAGGACCGGGACAAGGACAGACCCGAGAUCUCCUCCCCCUCAGACUUUGAACACACCAUCCAUGUGGGUUUUGAUUCAGUCACUGGAGAGUUCACUGGCAUGCCGGAGCAGUGGGCCCGUCUCCUGCAAACCUCCAAUAUCAGUAAAUCAGAGCAGAAGCAGAAUCCUCAGGCCGUCCUCGACAUUCUCAAGUUCUACGACUCCACCAGUGGAAAACAGAAAUACCUCAGUUUUUCCGCCUCGGAUAAAGACUCGCAGUCGCCCGGCAAGCAGGGCAUGGCGACCUCCCCGUCAGGGGGCAAAGAUGGAGAGGAUGACGACGAUGACGACACGCCACCUCCCGUGGUGGCGCCGCGGCCGGAACACACCAAAUCAGUGUACACGAGGUCGGUGAUAGACCCGCUCCCGGCUCCGGAGGUAGACUGCGCCUCCAAGGCAGCCGAUAGGCAGAAGAAGAAGGGCAGCGGCAAGAUGACCGAUGAGGAGAUCAUGGACAAGCUCCGAACCAUUGUCAGCAUUGGAGAUCCUAAGAAGAAAUACACUGGCUUUGAGAAGAUCGGCCAAGGGGCGUCCGGCACCGUUUAUACAGCCAUAGACGUCGCCACAGGACAGGAGGUGGCCAUUAAACAGAUCAACUUGCAGAAGCAGCCCAAGAAGGAGCUGAUUAUCAAUGAGAUCCUGGUCAUGAAGGAGAUGAAGAACCCCAACAUUGUCAACUUCGUAGACAGUUUCCUCGUAGGAGACGAGCUUUUCGUGGUGAUGGAGUACCUGGCCGGCGGCUCCCUAACUGAUGUCGUGACGGAGACGUGCAUGGACGAGGCUCAGAUCGCAGCAGUCUGCAGAGAGGUCCUCCAGGCUCUGGAAUUUCUUCAUGCCAACCAGGUCAUCCACAGGGACAUUAAGAGCGACAACGUACUGCUGGGGAUGGACGGAUCAGUCAAGCUCACCGACUUCGGCUUCUGUGCCCAGAUCACUCCGGAGCAGAGCAAACGCAGCACCAUGGUGGGAACCCCGUACUGGAUGGCUCCAGAGGUGGUGACCAGGAAAGCCUACGGCCCCAAAGUGGACAUUUGGUCUCUGGGCAUCAUGGCCAUCGAGAUGGUGGAGGGAGAGCCCCCGUAUCUCAACGAGAACCCACUCAGGGCGUUGUAUCUCAUCGCCACCAACGGGACUCCUGAGCUGCAGAGCCCGGAGAAGCUGUCUCUCGUCUUCAGGUCUUUCCUGUCCCGCUGUCUGGAAAUGGAUGUGGAGAAACGAGGAUCAGGCAGAGAGCUGCUGCAGCAUCCAUUCCUGAAGCUGGCCAAGCCUCUGUCCAGCCUCACCCCGCUCAUCCUGGCCGCCAAGGAGGCCAUGAAGAGCAACCGCUAGACGCCAGUCUCUCAGGACUAUUCAGAGCUGAUGCCAGUGGCGGCCAAACCAGCCGCCAUCUUAUACCAGUCUGCGUUCGAUGACUAUCGGAAACGUUAUUUUUUUCUUUUCUUUUCUUUUCUCGGCUCACAAGGGUCACAAAACUCCUCUGCAGUGUUCCCAGUGUUUCUGUACUGGUGCCAGAUUUAUCCUUCCUCCCUUGUGCCUUGUUCUAAAGCCGCAUACAGCCACCAUGGGUUUUAUUUUUGUUGCAGCCGGAGCACGUGUGUGUGUGUGUGUGUGUUGAUGUUGACACUCGUGACUUGCUACAGUAUGCAUAUGAGGAAUGUGAUGUCACUGCUGCAAAGGUUGCAAGGUUGUUUAAACAUCAAGGGCCGUAUUCAGAGGGUCUCGUCGGUCCCAGGAGGCAUUUCGAUGUGUGAGGAAUAGACGCCAACGAUAGUCCGCGUCGGGGAGUCGUGCACACCAUCAUCUCCGUUUUGAUUUGUCGGUGAGCUGUCAUCCAAAUACAAUUCGAUACAUGAGGUUCAUUGUCGUUUUUCUUUUUUACUGCUCUGUGAAUUACGAAGAGACGAAGUUGCUCUCAUUUUGAGCCUUUUUUCAUCGACCGUUUAGCAGCUUCUUUUUUAAGCUACAAGACUUACUUUUUUUUUUUAGAUAAAAGAUACAAGUAUGGUUACACAUGUGCAUCCCGACGGAGUCCGAUUGGGACAAACUAAACACCGCGCUGCGCCGCGGCCUUUUUGUGUGGCGGGAAUAAAAAAGCGCCACGUCCUUGUUUACCCUCCAUGUCACUGGAACACAAACCGUUCCAGUAAAAGGACCAAAUUAUUCUAAAAUAGUAGAUAUGGGUCUCGAACCUCUGGUCACCAAACGCACACACACACACACACUGUUGAUGGACUUGACGUUGCACAUCUCUGCUGUUAAAGCUCCUCUGCACACUAUGCAAACCCGUCUGAACACUCACAAUGUCGAUGCUCACAUAGAUGCCUUACCGUUGGUGUGUUGGGGGAAGUUCAACAUGGGAAAAAAAAAUUGUAUGUCUGAUUGUGUUGAGCUGGAGGGAAACGUAGCAUAUCAUUUUUUUUGUAUAUUGUGUUUCGCUGUAUUUCUUAUUUUUUAUUUUUUAACUGCUUUUAAAAUUAUUUUGUAUUUUGUUCACUAACGCAACAGAAGACAUUUUCUUUGUGUCCCAAUUUCUGUACCAAUUCACCCUCCGGUUCCCCGAACUGUGUGAUUAUGGACUCCUUUUAAAAACCAUAAAAUGUAUUGAUACGCCUGAGACAAUCAAGCAGUGUUUGGAGAUGAUGUUUGAAGCUGCUUUUGACAGGCAUGAGAAUCCCUCACCUUUCGGCGAAAUUUGCCGUUUUGAAACCAAAAUAAGUGACUUACGUGAAUCGUGUAGAUCCGAAGAGUUUUUGUUUUGGGGUAGGUGGGGGUUCAAUUGGCCGGCCGGCGUUUAUGAGAUUGGAGUGGGACACGGAGAAAAUGUGGAGUGGUGCUCUUCGCAAUAAAACAUCUUUGAUGGGACGUGUCGCGUCUCGGCCAAUCAGCGUCAA